AACAUACACUAAUAUGAAUGAUGUGGCAUAAAAGAACAAACGAGACGGCUGAAAAUAGCAUAACUGCCAAACAAGAUUCGAGCACAGUGUUUUUCACUCGAGACAAAAAUGUUGGAAGCAAAGAGAAAAAAGAAGGAAUCUUUCAAUUCACAGUUUUGUAUAUUCAAUGGCAAAUAUGUAUACAUAUAGUAUAGAGUGAUCACCAUUGAUCAAAUUAUAUUAACACUAUUUGUAAGCUAUGGAUUGGAUAUGGACACUAUGUGUUGGUUUCUUGGUACCGUUCGUGGUCCUUCUCCACUACCGGCGGCAACGGGCGGGCUCGAGCGCGUCCCGGCUGCCCCCGGGCCCACGGGGGUGGCCGGUGUUCGGCAACAUGUUCGAGCUCGGCCCGAUGCCGCACAAAACUAUAGCCGGUUUGAGCCGAGAGCACGGCCCGGUCGUGUGGCUCAGGAUCGGCUCGAUCGACACGAUGGUCGUGCAGACGGCCGCGGCCGCGGCCGACCUCUUCAAGAACCACGACGCGAGCUUCGUCGAGCGCACGAUCACGGAGGUCAUGCGGGCCCACGGCUUCGACCGGGCGGCCGUGUCGCUCUCGCCCCCGGGCCCCUACUGGCGCGCGAUGAAGCGGAUGAUGACGGCGGAGAUGCUGGUGCAGAAGCGGAUCGGCGAGUCGGAGGCGGUCCGACGGCGCUGCGUCGGCGAGAUGGUGGGGUGGAUCGGGCGGGAGGCCGGGAAGGGCAAUGCAGUUAGGGCGAGUCGAACAUGCGACGGGGGUGGGGUCCACGUGGCGAGGUUCGUGUUCCUGGCGUCGUUCAACAUGCUGGCGAACCUGAUGCUGUCGCAGGAUCUGGUCAGCCCCGACGCGGAGGAGGGGUCGGAAUUCUUCGCCGCCAUGAUCGAGCUCAUGAGCUGCUCCGGCCAGCCCAACAUCGUCGAUUUGUUCCCCUGCCUCAGGUGGCUCGAUCCUCAAGGCUUGCGGCGGAAGAUUGAUCGCGGAAUGGGGAAGACGUUGAAGAUCGUCGCCGGAUUCGUCGAGAAACGGAUUAGAGAGAAGAAAUCAAACCCUAAUUCGAAAAAGGAUUUCCUAGAGGUGCUUCUAGAAUACCGCGGAAACGGCGAGGAUGAAUCCGAUCAAAUCUCCGAUCACCAACUCCACAUUAUCAUCAUGGAAGUGUUCCUCGCCGGAUCGGAGACGACGAGCAGCACGAUCGAGUGGGCGAUGGUGGAGCUGCUGAGCCACCCGGAGGCGAUGGCGGCGGCGAGGAGCGAGCUCGCGCGCGUCGUCGGAGAGGGCAAGAGAUUCGAGGAAGCGCACAUCGACGAUCUCCCGUACCUGCAGGCGGUGAUGAAGGAGACGCUCCGGCUGCAUCCGCCGAUCCCCUUCCUGGUGCCGCGGCGGGCGGUUCGAGAGGUCAAUUUCAUGGGGUACCAAAUCCCUAAAAACACGCAGCUGUUCGUGAACGCGUGGGCGAUCGGGCGGGACCCGCAGCGCUGGGAGGAGGCGGCGGCGUUCAAGCCGGAGAGGUUUUUGGGGUCGGGGAGGGAUUACAAGGGGCAGAAUUUCGAGCUGAUCCCGUUCGGCGCGGGGCGGAGGAUCUGCGCCGGGAUCCCGCUGGCGCACCGGAUGCUGCACCUGGUGCUGGAGAAUCUGCUGCACGAGUUCGAGUGGGGAGUGGAUGAGGUCGGGAGGAAGGCGAUGAUGGAUGAGAGGGAGAGGAUGGGAGUCACGGUGAGGAAACUGGUGCCGCUCAUGGCCACGCCGCGGAGGUGCUCGGCGUAAUGCCUCACUGCCCUUGCUGUUGAAGGCGGCAGCUGCUUUUUAUGUGAUGUUUUGAAUUUUGGGAUUUUGUGUUUGGAGAAAUUUUUAGUCUCAGUAUUUGUAGAUUGAUUAUAAUUGGCACCUUUUCAUAAUAUUUCCCUAUAA